CUUCCACGCGACAUAUUUCGUUUGGCAAACAAAGAAAAAUGGAGUUAUUUCUCGAGGAUCUAAAGCUUCAAGUCCAGUGUUCUCUGUGUAAAGAGACAAUGUUUGAACCCAAGUUAUUACAAUGUUUUCAUACAUUCUGUAAGACUUGUAUCAAGACAAAUGCACAACUUGAUGGUCAAGUCAACAUCUUAAAGUGUCCUCAGUGUGACUCAUCAACCGAGCUCAAAGAACUCAACGACGUGGAAGACUUAGAGAUCAGCCCCAUACACUCAAGAAUCUUGCAAGUCUUGUCAUUUGUUGAGAACCAGAAGGUUUGCUCGGUUUCUGCCAGUCAUAGUGAUGCAUUGUGGCAAUGUCUCGACUGUGAUCGGUCGUUGUGUGAUGAAUGUCUGGGUAAUCAUUCUACAUUCAUCAAAGAUCACAAAGUUGUUGCUUUGUCUGAGAUGACGAAGGAUAAUGUCGAGCUCAUGUUUAAAAAGAAAAUAACCUGCAAAACACACACUAAUCAAGAUAAUGUAUUGCACUGCCAAAAUUGCAGCGAGUUUGUGUGUUUGCUGUGUUUGAAAGAUCACCAUCACAAUGACCACAAGAUAACAUCACUACAGGAGUUCAUCACUGCCAAGAAAGAUUCUCUCUCAAAAAAUCUCGAAGAAAUCGAAAAAUUGCAUGCUAACGAGGAGGAAAAGCAAUUCCAAGAAAAAAUUGCACUCGACAUCAAACGUGACUCAGAAAAAGCUAAAGACCAAGUCAAGGAACUGACAAAGAAGCUGAUAAAAAAACUAACUGAUCACGAGCAAGAACUUUUAAAUGAAAUCCAGAGGGGCAUAACGAAGGCAGACAGAAAUUUACGCAUAAUACGUCACACGCCAGCAGCACAAGAGUACAUCAAAUACUUCAUACAAAAUGGAACAGCGAGCGAAAUCUUUGACCUCCGAUCAGACGAAGAAGACUCGAAAACGUUCGCCUACAGACCAUUUGCGAAAUACAGAAUAGGGGUUGAGUUUAAACCCAAUGAAGGCCUUGAUGAACAAGUGAAUACUGGCUUAGGACUAGUAAGAGAGACAUUUGUAAAGGCAGACCCAAAUAUGUGCUCAUUUAAAGUUGAGCCUGAUGAAUUUGAGGUCAUGAAAAAAGCAACAUUGAAAGUGGUACUCAACCAAGGAGAGCCCUGUGACUCGUCUCUUGAUGACGUAGCAAUACGAUUUACCCCUAAAGAUGACAUCGGUGUAGGAGAGAAACGAGCGACCGCUGACGGCCAGAUCGAAGUAACCUUUACUCCUCGUUUUCCUGGUCAGUUGACAGCAGAGGUUCAAGUACAUGGAAAUCCUGUAUCCAACAGUCCACUAGUGAUGGAUGUCAAACCACAACACAUUAAGGAAAUGACCACCUUAACGAAGUUGCAGAUUGCCAUGAAUACUGGGUCAAAAAGGCCCUCUGGUAUUGCAGUAAAUAAAUCCAACACUAGGAUUGCUGUAGCUGAUUGUGCUUUACACUGCGUAAAAGUGUUCAACAUGGAUGGGGAUUUGUUACUGUCAUAUGGUAGUGAAGGCAGUGGAGAAGGACAGUUACAGAAUCCACAAGGUCUAGCAUUUCUUCACGAAACAAAUUUAGUCAUAGCUGAUUCCGAUAAUAAUAGAAUAUGCAUAGUGGACAUAGCCUUUGGUAAAUUGCUGAAAACCAUAAGUAGGCGUCCAAAUCGAAAUGAUCUUCCCAGUUUUCCUAAUAAGGUUCAUGUUGAUGACGAUUCUAACAUAAUUGUGUGUGGACACGCAGGAAAUAUGGUAGUGCUCACAAGUAAUGGUGAUUUUAAAUGUAACGUUUCUGUACCAGACUGCAAGUGGCCUUCUUGUGAAAUUACACACAAUGGCCUGUUAAACGGUGGUGGUAGAUCACAUGUACAAGUGUCCGAGACAAAGGCCGACUACAGUUCUCUAACUACAUUAAUCACUCUUGGUAGGCUCCCCAUAGAUAGUCGCAAAUACAACUGCACCAGUCUAGCUGUUGACAACGACAACAAUCUUUUGAUGCGCGAUAAUCACUCAAAUCAGAUUCGUAAGUUUACUCUGGAUGGCCGUUAUCUAGGAAUGUCAUCCCCAUUAAACUGCUAUCUUCAGUUCAUAGCAGUACUGAAUGAUGGUCGGAUUAUCUGCACUUCAAAUAAAGCACAGGUAUUGUUCUUUUAGACUUCGCUCAUACAGCCUUAGUCUCAUAAUAAGGCUAAUAGCCGAAUAAGAAAUACUCAACAUUCAGAAAAGCAAGCAAUCGUUUCAAUGAAACUCAAUGAAAAUAGAAGAGCAGUCUUACGUAGCUUACCUGAAGUUACGUAAAUCCAGGUGCCUAGAAACGUAAAGUAUAUUUUCGUUAACAGUAACAAAUGCACGUGCUGUAAAUCUAUAAAUUUGUCGGGACGGUGAAGACAAAUCCGGCAUGUACAUUUACUUUGCAUGUAAAUACCGCACAGUUAUCUUACGUAUAACCAAAUGCAUGAAA